CGGGAAUUCAGAGUGGCUGGGACUGGAGAAAAAUAUCUGUUCUGCUAACGUUAGCGUCCACCAAGCUAACGGUAGGUAGCACUGGAGUAAACAUGGAGCUGUCCGCCGUCGGGGAGAGGGUGUUCGCCGCCGAGUCUAUCAUUAAACGGAGGAUAAGGAAGGGUCGGAUUGAAUACCUUGUGAAAUGGAAGGGCUGGUCUCCCAAAUACAGCACUUGGGAACCGGAGGAAAAUAUUUUGGACUCCCGCCUGUUUGCCGCUUUCGAGCAGAGGGAGCGUGAGAGGGAGCUCUAUGGGCCCAAAAAGAGAGGACCAAAACCCAAGACAUUUCUGCUCAAGGCUCAAGCUAAAGUUAAAGCCAAGUCCUAUGAGUUCAGGAGUGAUGCAGUCAGAGGGAUGAACAUCACUUACCCAACCCCAGAGCCAGUUGUCACCCCCAGGGCCAGAGAGGGCCUGAGAGCUGUUGUUCCCACCAUCUUCCCACCCAGUACUGUCAACCGCGGAGAAAGCUUACGCGUCAGACCACCAGAACUGAGCAGCCGUGAGUACCAGCAGCCUUCCCUUCAGCAAACCAGUCCAGAAGACCUCAUCCAUAUACCCAAAAAAAGAGGUCCAAAGCCAAAGCCUCGCUUCAAGGACAGCAGCUGCAGCCCUGCAGUCUCUGAGCCCCACAAGAGGAGAGCAGAGGAGCAGGUGAGCCACAACCCUCACAAACUGGCUAAGGUCCAGGCGGGGGGAGAGAUGAGGCUGGUCAAAGUGGCCCACAGACAUCCAGAGAUCCACGGUCACAGUCAUAAACACCACCAUCACCACCACCACCACCAUCACCACCACACACACAACCGGGGAAUCUCGGGUGGAAGCUCCUACAAGCUCUACUCAGACCGCAGCGUGCAUCCACACAGAACUGACAUGGACACACACAGGACUAAGGACAGCUCCACCUACCUGGCACCUGUACACUUCAAGCACCAGUCCAAAAUGAGCCAGAGCUUGAGUCGUCCUGCUGAGCUUCCACAGAUGGAAAAGCCUUACUUCUUGGACAGGCCGUCCCCGACCAGGCUCGACGAUGACUUGGAUGAAGUGACAUGGAGGCCCUCUAUUGGGGAUGUGGAAAAGGUCAUGGUGACAGACGUGACGACCAACUUCCUGACCGUCACCAUCAAGGAGAGCAGCACUUCUAAAGGUUUCUUCAAAGACAAAAGAUGAUUGACUGAUUUUUUUUAGGCCGCGCUUUGUUUUCUCUGACUUGCAUCAGAGUCAUUCUGACGCCUAUAGGACAUAGUGUGAUUACUAAGCCAAGCAGUUUUGUAUGUAAUGUAUAAAAUCAAGUUACAUAAUGUGCAUAUGUAUAUAUUAUAAAGUCGGGCAUCUGUUUAAUGUAUUGACCAAAUCAAAUGAAGUCCAUUUCACAUCUUGCACUGGUGAACAUGACUGAGUUGCAUGUUUCCUUUGCAGCAGCUGUCUGUACAGAGCUUGUGAAUUUUACUAUUUUGCAAUUGUAACUAACUAGAAUGUAUUUUUAUUUCACUCUCAUAUCUUCCAGCCUGAGCUCAAGCUAGCAGAUUUUUUAGAAGUGAAGUGAGGCUUAGAUAUUAAAUUCAGUCUGUGGAUUGAAUAUUUCUUAUAAUUUGAACUGAUUAGACUGAAUAUACCCUGUUUGAUUCAAUAGGGUCGAUAUUUAAAAAUGUACUCAAGCACUUUGAAUUCAAAAGUAUUAAGAAAUAAUCUGUCUGUGUUGUAUUCAGAGUCCAAGUCUGGCUCGGAGUUUGUCAUGUCUAACAUUUCUAAUUGUAAGAUAAAUUAAUAAAUUCAACACGGACACUCUACGAGUUUUCCCAAGCUGUGUAUAACUACUUUUUCCAUUAACAUGGUAUAUUUUACAUUUUUUCAUAGAAAACCUUCAUAAAGCUUUAAUGUAAUAAGAUAAUUACAAAGUUGGUGUCAAAUUGCUUUUUAGACGCUUUCCAAUAAACCCUUUGAAUUUUCUCA